AGAAAAGCGCUCUCAUGUGCGCAUGCGCAGCUCGAACAGCUGCAGCCCACAACAACAGUCUGCUCUAUCGUUUCAAGAUGGCGGACCUCCUCGGUUCGAUCCUAAACUCGAUGGAGAAGCCUCCGACUGUCGGCGACCAGGAGAGCCGACGAAAGGCUCGAGAGCAAGCAGCGAGACUCAAGAAGAUGGAGGAAAAUGAGAAAAGAAAGAAAGCAGAGUUCAGGAAAAAGAUGGAGAAAGAAGUGUCAGAUUUCAUCCAGGACAGUAAACAACAGAAACGAAAGUACAACCCUAUGGGGAAGAUUGAACGGAGUAUAUUGCACGAUGUUGCAGAAGUGGCUGGGCUGACUUCUUUUUCCUUCGGGGAAGAUGAGGAGAGUCGUUAUGUCAUGCUUUUCAAGAAGGAGUUUGCGCCAUCAGACGAGGAGCUGGAGGCUUAUCGCAAAGGAGAGGAGUGGGAUCCAAAGCUGGCAGAGCAACGACGAAAACUAAAAGAGCAAGCCGCACUGGAAGUGGCAUCUUCCAGUGAGACAAAGAAGACAGAGGUUCCUAACUCCAACUACAGAGACAAGUACAGUCACCUGAUCGGCACCUCAGCGGCAAAAGAUGCAGCGCAUACUCUAGAGGCAAACAGUGCUUAUGGCUGUGUACCUGUGGCCAACAAGAGGGACACUCGCUCCAUAGAGGAAGCCAUGAAUGCGAUCAGAGCAAAGAAACGUCAGAAGCGAGAGGACGACACAGGGGCACGCAGCAGCAGUUCUUGAGUCUCCACUUUUUGAUUCGUCUACUGUCGUGGGUGUGUGGAGGCGCGUUAGUGCGUCUGUUUGAACACUCUUAAUUCAUGCUGUACUAUAUAAUAUCCUUCUCUCCAGACAUUUAAAGUUGAAUUAAUAUGACAGGCAGCAAAUAUAGUAUGUUUGCUGCUCUUACUGAGUCUGUGCUGAAACCCUGAAACCCUGUGUAAUUACGAAAAUGCUUGGCUGUGUCUGAUCCAGGAAGCGAAUCACUCUACGUUGGUUUAACGAUCUCUCGGGACAUUUUAGUGUCAGUUAUCAAUCUUCUCACACACAUGAUAGGAUCAAAUAUAAUAGGAAUGUUUUUUACUACAACUGGAUCAAAACAUCUGAUAUCUUCAUACAAGGACUUAGAGCUGAGCAGUCAAGAGAGUGAUCAACAUUUUUGACGCAGAUGUGCAUUUGUAGUCCAAAGUGACGUUUUAAUAAGUAAAAGUAUUUCCAGUUUUCAGCUUUGUCUGGACCUGAUGAUGUUUUGAAAACAAGGUUUUAGGCAAAGCAUGACGGAAAAGUCCCCCUGACAGUGUUCCAAAUAUGCAGUACAGUUUUUAAAAGGGAAACAUCAACUUCAUCCAUUGAUCAGUUUUUUGUUUUUUCUCUAUAACUGUUGUGAAAUUUUAAAGUUGGAUACAAGCCUUUCCUCCAUCAUUACAGGGGCCCCAUUUUAGAAAAUACUGCUGUGGGUUUUAGGAAUCUGAUUAAGUCUGGGAUUUGUUUUGUCUCUUUCCAUCCGCACUGACUGUGAAUCAAACUGUUUACUCUUAGUUAAAUGCUUUAUUAUGGAGCCAUGCAAUGGCUUGCAAUAGGCAACAUCGUAGGGAGAGGGAAUUUCAAAUCCUUGUUGGGAUAUGGGUCAUUAAGUUUUAUUCUUUUUGUUUGUCCUGGGGUUCUUGGCAUCUUGAUGUCUAUUUUAACAUGGUUGCACUGUUUUAUCCCCCAUGUGUGUUAAUAAACAGUAUUAUACCUGUG